AUGGCCAUGAGCAAAGUGGUACGUGGACUGUGUGCUGGCCAUCUGAGGCGCUGUGUCGGGAGCUUCCCGGAUGUUGUGGCACGACCGUUGGCCGCGUGGCCCCGAAUGGGGUCCCUGGACGGGAGCCCGUGUCGGUACAACUCCAGCACGAGCGGCCAGCUGCAGGAAAAGCUGGCCACCCGGAACGUCCAGAAGCACGACUGGAAUCGUGCGGUAAGCGAGGCGGAGAAGAUCGUCGGAUACCCGACGUCGUUCCUGAGCCUUCGCUGGCUGCUGAGCGACGAGAUCGCGAAUGUGGCCCUGCACCUUCGAAAACUGGUCGGCAGCAAUCAUCCGCUGCUCAAAACUGCCAAGACGCUCAUCUAUAACGACAAAAACCAACAAGCGUGGGGAUUGAUCGUGCUGCUAGUCUCGAAGGCGGCCGGUCACGUGGCAAACAUCCCGGAUAUGGAGCAGGACAAAAGUGCCGGAGUGCUGCACUCACAGCGUGCCCUAGCGGAGGUCACGGAGAUGAUCCGGACGUCCCAUCUUGUCCACCAGGGGAUGCUUAAUCUGCAGUCGUUCGAUAAUGCCGGAAAUGACCUGAGUGGCGACAGUGACAUGAUUUUCGGCAACAAGAUCGCCCUUCUCGGUGGAGACUAUCUGCUCGCUAACGCUUGUCAGCAGGUGGCCACAUUACGAAAUCAAGAUUUAAAUAUGCUUAUAUCGUCCGCCUUCCGGGAUCUGGCCGAGUCGAACUACAUCGGCGAACGGGACGAACAGAACAAUCCCCUGCCGACCAAACCCCAUCCGAGCGCGAAGGACUUUGCGACCGAUGUGAACAGCCUAGAAGAUUUAGGUUUUGGCGACCUGGAGGACAACACGGAACCGAUGAAAAUCGACGGUGUCGUGGGCAAUCCGGAAAAGGAAUGGUCUCUGCGGCACAUUCUCGGUGGUGGCAGUUUGCUGGGGAAAAGCUGUCAGGGCGCGAUGAUGCUCGGUGGUCACCCGGAACCGUUGCAAAAACAGGGCUACCUGUUCGGAAAACACCUUUCUCUGGCGUGGCAGGCUUGCAUUGACUUACAACCAUUCCUGUUACCGAAACUUCCAAUGGGAGCCCAGUUUAGCCUUGUUUGCGCACCGGUGCUGUUCCACCUGGAGCACGAUGAUACGCUCUACGAGGAGAUUGAAAAAGGGCGCAAAUCGGUGGACAACAUCGACUACAUCAAAGUCCACCAGGCUGUGGUGCAGGGGCCGGGAGUUGAGAAGACGAAAAUCCUCCAGCGCAAGCACAGUAUAGCGGCGAUGAAGGUCCUGAACGAGCUGCCAGUCAACGACGCCAGGAUGGCUUUGCAGAACAUUAUCCUCGCCAUGCAGGAGCUGUAG